AUGGCCCCUCCUCAUCCCUCAGGCCCGCGACCCCGACACCCCGACACCCCGAGGGCGGCCGGCCCGCUCCCCCCCCGCGGCCCGCCCCAGUGCCCCGACUCGGCCCCGGGUGCCGGAGCCCAGAACCGAGGAGCGCUUCCGCCUCCCUCCGGAAGUCGCGCCUCCUCGGUCCCGGAAGUCCCGCCCCCGGCCCGGGGACGCCGCCGCGCGGGGCGGCGGGAGCGCGGGCGGGGCCGGGAGCCGGCGCGCGCGCGGGCCCGGGCCGAGGCCCCUCGGUUCUCCUCUGAAACCAACCGGCGCCCAGAGCCUCUGGGGACUUCCUCCAGGCGAGUCCGGCGUGGGCCCCCGGGCCCCACCCUCCCGUCCCGACGGCCGGCCCCGCCCCCGACGCCGGCCAGCACGCGCACGCGCACGCGCACGCGGCCCGCACGCGCCGUCCCGUCCCCGCCCCGGGUUCCCGGCCUCCGGGAGCCAGGCCCCGCACGGCUGCCCCCGCCUGCCCGUCCCCCGCGUCUCCCGCGGAGCGCCUGGCACCCUCCGCGGAUCCCCGUCGCCGCAGCCGCGGGAGCCGCUCCCCCGGGCGCAGUCUCCAGGGGCGUCCCCGGUGGCUGA